AUUUUUGGACACGCCCACUGCUGUCGUCCUCGAGCUUGGUCUCGUGAUAGUGGCUAUACUAGUCAGCUGUUAGCAUCUCCAACGUCUCGGUUUAUAAAAGCCAUGUUUUUCAGCUAACAUCAGCUAAAAGAAAAGCAUUUGCUAAAUAAUCUCAACGACCAUUGAAGAUGUUGUCUCGUCUACUGAAGGAGCACCAGGCGAAGCAAAAUGAGCGGAAGGAGCAGCAGGAGAGACGCAGGCGUGAAGCUAUUUCUGCAGCUACCUGUCUGACAGAAGCCCUGGUAGACCACCUCAAUGUUGGAGUUGCCCAGGCAUACGUAAACCAACGUAAGCUCGACCAUGAGGUGAAGACUCUCCAAGUGCAGGCGAGCCAGUUCUCCAAACAAACCGCUCAGUGGAUCAGUAUGGUGGAGGGUUUCAAUCAGGCCCUAAAGGAAAUUGGGGAUGUGGAGAACUGGGCCCGCAGCAUUGAGAUGGACAUGAGGACCAUCGCCACAGCCCUGGAGUAUGUACACAAGGGUCAACUUCAGUCUGCUUCCUCAUAAACUUCAUGGUUGGGCGUUUACAGCUGAAACUAAAUACACUGGAAUGAAACAGAAAUCCAGCUGACUCCUAUCAGCAAAGAUGCAAGCAGCAAUGACUUUGCUCGUCUGCAUACCCCUCUGAGUGGGCUGAUGCUGAUGGUUACCUUGUUCAGAGAAAUGUUGAAAGUCUGUUGCAUUGGACAAUUAAUUGCACACCUGAAUCACUGUUUAAGUUCUUGGGUGAACAACAAUAUUAACCAGGGCAAGUUGUUCAAAGAUCAAGCUUGUGUAUAAAAUGAAAUAGGUCCAACAUCUAUUUAGUAGUGACUUAAAUUAACAAAUAACAUUUUGGGGGCUAUGUCAGUAUGGUCUUUUAAAUGUUCAGAUGUAAAAACUUUGUUCACCUGCUUGUAAUAGGUUUAAGGGGCCACAGACAAAUUGCCACCUGUCCUUGUCUGUCGUAUCUCCUAAAAGCAUUUUAUAGGAAGGCUUCUUUCCAGUACCUGAUACCUGUAUUAUAUGUCUAUGUACAGUAAUGACUUUACUGUUUUUGUCAGACAACUUAAGUUUAAAUUUUGUUACCGUUUGGUGAUGAAACUUAAUUUUUAAUAAAGUUUACAAAUGCA